AUGGGCGCCGGGACUGUGACGUGGAGGCCUCUGCCCCUACGGUCGGAUGCCCUGCCAGUCCUGCUCGUCUCGGCAGAGAUGGGCCCGGCCUCCUACACCAUCCGCCUCACCGACAUGGCAAAUAUGUGGACCGAGACUCUUGAGCGAAAGGGCAUCUGCAUGCGUGGUUGGAGCGAAAACACUAGCAUCGACCCAAGCGAUACCCCGGAAAACAUGAUCAAGUUUCUCACCAGUCUUCAGUCCGCCUUGGACGCGUCCCAUCCCGGUCAUGAGAAAACUGGCCUCAGCCUCACGCGAGGCAAGGACAGCGGAACCGCUGACUCGCUCAUCCUCAAUUUGACAUGUGAUCUGCCGGGCUUCAAACCACUAAAGUGGCCUGUCCACCUCGAAAAGUCACCAUGCUCCAGCCUUGCCACGGAUCUCGUGCUACCCCUUGUACAAGCGCACUACUCCAGGAAGCGCGAGGUGGAAUCCCUCAUUCAGACCCUCGCCCAAAAGGACGCCGUGCUCAACAAGCUGUUGGACAAGCUGGAUGCCAUGGGCACGGGGUUGGAACAUGUGUUCACAGCCCUGUCGGGGCGCAAAAAGGUUGCGAGGGCCACCGCCCAGGACAAGGUCAAAGGCUUGGCCCCCUUCGACGAGUUCCGUUGGAAGGCGUCUCUGGACGACGAUGCGGAUGGGCCGGCCAACGCUGCCGAGCUGGUGGAAAGCGUUUUCGAUGAAUCCGGUCUCCUGUAUACGGCCACCAUGGCCAUCGAAAAGUCUCCAGAGUUGGACAACUGGUGGCAUUCUUUCUCGGGUAUGUCGCAACGUACAUGUCGACAAAUAAGUGCCGCGCCGCCGCAGCGGGAGAGAACGCGUUCAGCGUCACACCAGUCCUCUAACGCAGCCGGCGGGGGCGGCGAUGGCAACGACGAAAGCGACUUUCAGAUUCAAGCUACGCCUCCUCGUCUUCGCGCCGGGGGCAGAGCCAAGGUGGCCUCUACCGCCCCAAUCGACAACGACGAGUCCACCGAAAGUGACGAGGGGAGCGACGCCGACGCCGUCCAAGACAGCAAUUUUCCUGCGGUCGGUACAAGGUCCUCACAGCAUCAUGUCACCAAAGAGGCUCCGUCGCGGCUGGGCACCAUCGGCGGCAAGACUCAAAAGAAGCCAUCGCACUCUCCUCCACCACCACCGGCAUCGAGAGAAGCUCAACGGGCUGCAUCCCCCACAGCCGAUGAUUCGGAGACCGCAUCAGAGGCGGAAGAUGAUAGCAAUGAUACGCCUCCCCAUCCUCCGAGCCCCCCAAAUCCUGCGUCAACUGGUGGAUUCAAGGCCCGGCUAGGCAGAAUUGGCGGGAAACCGUCCAAGGCCGAGACUACAGAGAGACGACAGACACCGCCGCCGACGGACGGGGAGACCGCGGAAAACACUACGACGCCCAGAAAGACUGGCGGACUCGGCCGAAUUGGCGGCGGAUCCUUCACCAGAGACGACGACAAGCGUGGCAGAGACGCGACGAGCAAAAAGCAAGUGCCGGAGGAACGGCGCCGGGAGACGUCGGAAGAGCGCGCUGACCGUCGCCGCGAGGAGCUCAAGCGAGAGCUGGAAAGACAGGCCGUUGCGGGCCCGGUCAAGAAGAAGAGGCGUUUCUAA